AUGGAAUUGAUUAUUCCUUAUUUAUUUUUGAAUUUUAAAACAUUUCAACUUUAAUACUAUAAUUAUUAAGUAGAAAUGCAAUUAAUAAAUUUCUUUCAAAAAGUUUUAUCUCUAAUAUGGAUUGGCACAAUAAUAGAAAAAUUAUGGGCUGCAAAAUGUUUAUAUAAUCAUAUUAUUUCAGUUUGACAUCAAUUUUCAGAUAAGGAAAUCUGUGAUUUAUAUAGAAAUUUAUUGAAUCAUUUGUAGUUAUUAAGUAAACUAUAAAUUUAAAAGAAGAUUGCUGAAAACCUUAUAAUACCUAACUCGAAGGAGAAUUAACAUUUUCCAGAGAUGAAAACAAAAUUCACUCAGUAUAUAAUAUUUAAUAAUAAUUUAGUUAUAAUAUUUAUAAAAUACAUAAGUAUUAAUAUUAUUAUGAAGGUUGUUGCUAAGUUAAAACAGGAAAAAGUGGACCUUAUGUUUGGAUGGUUGUUUUUCUAAAUUCCAAUAAAACCCAACUAGAUAUCUAAGAGAAGGAAAAAAAUAAAGUUUAUAUAAAUAUAUUUAUAUAUAAAAAUAUAUUUAUUAAUAUCUAAAUUAAUUGA